UCAAAAGCGUGUAUGUUGAACAAUCCGCAUAAUUCCAAAGACCUAACUUUCACACCAUUGCUCACGUAUUUUCCAUCGAUCAGAUAAGCAGCAUAUGGUAUAGCAUGCAGCUGUAGGAGAAUUCAUCUUCCACACUAUGCACUGGCUUGCCCUCUACCUCUCCUUCCUCCAUCUCCUCCUCACCCAGGCCGUCACCGGAACCCAGCCACCCUACGCUGCCAUCGACUAUUUACUCCUCGAUUGUGGCUCAUCCUCCAAGUCGACCUCUCUCGAUGGCCGUAACUGGGACGGCGAUUUCUACUCAGAGUUCUCACCCCCAAAUAUGCAAACCACAUCAAUUGCAUCUACCCCCUCCCAACACGACGGCCCUUCUGUUACCCAAGUCCCCUACAUGACUGCACGCAUCUUUCACCACAAGUUCACCUACUCCUUCCCCGUCUCGCCUGGCCUGAAGUUCGUCCGUCUCUACUUCUUCCCGGCCACCUACUCCGGACUCGACAAAUCCAAGUCCUUCUCCUUCGUCACCGCCAAUAACUUCACCCUCUUAAGCAACUUCAGUGCCUUCCUUACCGUCUCUUCGUUAAAUCCUCCUGUAGCCUCCUUUAUCAAAGAAUUCAUAAUCCCUGUGUUGUACUCUCAAUUUCUCAACAUAACCUUUAUUCCAUCAAAAGGCUCGUACGCCUUCAUUAAUGGAAUAGAGAUUGUUUCUAUGCCAAAUAAUCUCUAUAUGCACAAUAGGGAUUAUGUAACCACCGAGGUAGAUUACGAUAGACCCUUCUAUUUCGACGACACCACUGCUCUUGAGACUAUGUAUAGACUAAACGUGGGGGGCAAGGAUGUCUCGGGCGUAGAGGAUACUGGGAUGUUCCGGACUUGGAGUCAGGACUCGCGGUAUCUGUUUGGCCAGAUGAUUGGGCUGACACCGUACCGGUCUAAAGCCACGAUACAGUAUACGACGGACACACCGGCCUACACAGCGCCGAAGAUUGUGUAUCAAACUUCUCGCACAAUGGAUCUUGAUCCUAACGUUAACUUAAAUUCCAACCUCACGUGGAUCUUCACGGUUGAUGGCGGGUUUAACUAUCUUUUGAGGCUUCAUUUCUGCGAAACUCAGCCAGAGGUAGUGGAAACGAAUCAACGUGUUUUUUACAUAUUCAUCAAUAAUCAGACGGCACAGGUACAAGCGGAUGUGAUUGAAUGGAGUGGCGGUACCGGAAUUCCUGUAUACAGAGAGUAUGUUGUGUUGGUCCCCAGUGGAAACAACGGCAAACAAGAUUUGUGGCUCGCGCUACACCCUGAUAUGUCAACAAGUCCCUCAUUCGCCAGUGCCAUCUUGAACGGUGUGGAAAUAUUUAAGUUGAACCGAUCAGACGGUAGUCUUGCUGGGCUCAACCCGGAAAUGGAGGGGGUUACCAUACCCCAAGCCCCGGAACCCAAAACAAAACUAACGGAGAGGACAAUGAGGUCGUUGCCAUUGAUAGCCAUUAUCAUUGGUGGUGCAAUUUCUGUCGUUGCUGUCGUCUCUAUUCUUUGUUUAGUGGCUUUCCGGGUGAGUAAAAGAGCCAAGGACGUGGGCUCCACCGGUGUAGCUUCAUGGUGGGAUCUAUUUCCUUUCACCAAGACCAAGUCAAGUAAGACGCAGGGCUCAUCUCUACCGUCCGAAUUAUGUCGUAACUUUUCGUUUGCUGAAAUCAAAGCCGCCACGAACGAUUUUGAUAACGUUUUAAUCAUAGGGCUUGGAGGGUUUGGCAACGUGUAUAAAGGGUACAUUGAUGACGGGACCACCCCAGUUGCAAUCAAACGGCUGAAAUCCGGUUCAAAGCAAGGGGCUCACGAGUUCCACACCGAGAUUGCGAUGCUCUCCCAGCUUCGCUACCUCCAUCUCGUUUCUCUGAUCGGAUAUUGUAAGGAUGGCGAUGAGAUGAUCCUCGUCUAUGAUUAUAUGGCCCGUGGGACCCUCCGUGAUCAUCUGUACAAUACCAAUAAUCCUCGUCUGCCAUGGAAGCAACGGCUUGAGAUUUGUAUUGGUGCUGCACGUGCGUUGAACUACCUUCAUACGGGCGCGAAGCAAACGAUCAUUCAUCGUGACGUGAAGACAACAAAUAUCUUAUUGGAUGAGAAAUGGGUGGCCAAGGUGUCCGAUUUUGGAUUGUCCAAAGUAGGCCCCAUUAGCAUGUCCAAACCCCAUGUCAGCACUGUGGUCAAAGGUAGUUUUGGAUAUUUGGACCCGGAGUAUUGCAGACGUCAACAGUUGACUGAGAAAUCUGACGUGUACUCGUUUGGUGUGGUUUUGUGUGAAGUAGUGUGUGGAAGGCCGCCCAUAAUGCGUAAUGCAGAGACAGCAGUGGGCCUAGCAAGGUGGGCACGGGAAAGCUAUCGCAAUGGAAAAGUAGAGGAGAUGGUUGAUCCAUCAAUGAAGGGUGAAAUAGGGACCCGGUGCUUGAAGAAAUUUGUUGAGAUCGCGAUGAAUUGUUUGCUUGACAACGGAAUCGAACGGCCAUCAAUGAAUGAUGUGGUUGGGGGCCUUGAGUUCGCAUUGCAAUUGCAAGAGAGUGCAGACGAAGAUGUAGGGCUUGAUGUGGCUCAAACCGAGAUAAUAUUGGGUGAUGAGAAAGCUCUCUUCCCCAAGUCCACACUUGACGAUAGUGAUGACAUGUCUAGUAGCAGCGGUGGACAAGUGUCAAGUAGAAAUUAUAGCAAUAGCAGGGUGACCAUAACAAGCAACGGAGAGCAAAGUUUUGCAAGUGCUAGUCAGGAUUCGGGUAAACUGAUGUCCUCUGGGACAGAGUUCUCUAAGAUUAUGAAUCCUAGCACUAGCAAUCAGUGAAAGAAGAUGGCAGCUGAAUUUUUAUGGUGUCUUAUUUGGAGUCAUAUUGCGGACUCGGACGGAGUUUGUAAGCAAGUCAUUCUAUUUCACGAGUGGAGAAAGAUGAUAGUGGUAGUCCAUAUAUCUGAUUGAAUCACUCUAAACUCUAAAGGCAUAAAAUAAAUUAUGGGACUCUUUAAAAUAUUGCCACAUAUAUCUUAAA